GCAAUUUGAACAGUCAGUUUAACAUCAUUUGUAACAAGUCUAUGAAUAGAUUAUAUUAAUCAGGUUAAUAUACACAAGAACAUCUACUAUCAACUAUAUAUUUGAAAUUAUGUCCAGUGUGAAACAUCCUUGGAAUCCAAUUGUCCAGGAGUAACAUUUCUAAUUUUCACGAUUCUCGUAAUUCGUAAUUGACGAUAAUUCAAGGACUAAAAGACCACAUCAUUUCGGAAUACCCAUCAAACAGUGUCAAAGCAUUCUCGCGUAGAAAAAUAUGCUCAUUUGAUCAUCCGUGUUCGGAGUAAGGUGAUCCACUUAAAUAAGGAAUCAUACACCAAUAAAUUUAAGAUACACUUAAAAUAAUGAAAAUGCGACAAGGAUUCAUAUUUUAUUUAAUACUCUCACUGACAAUGCAAUGUAUCAGCCAGUCUACACCAAGUGAAAAUAGAAAGUCUGUUAAAGAAGAAAGCGUUGAGGAUUUUAAGCGUCUUUGUCCUUUUACAGAUCUGUGUUUUAGCCCAGCGCGUAAAAACAUUACAUUUAGCAGUAGUUUCUCGGAAUAUCCUUGCUGUGGGGGGUGUACAUGUGAGGAAAAUUGCGGAAACAACUGUUGCCCAGAUAAACCAGAACGAUUUUUGGAUAAAUUAGAAGUUAAAGAAUUGAAAAAUGCGCAUGAACAAUGUGUUUACGCUCAACUACGACCUUAUAGUACAACAGCGUUAAAUGGGAAAUCGUAUAAGAUGGUCAGCAACUGUCCGGCAAGUUACAUAGAUCAGGAUGUUACUUCUAAAUGUUUAAGAGAGUAUCAUGAUUUUGAUUUUGAAAAAGAUGAUUUUAAAACACUCAUGCCCGUUUCUUCAAACAUAUUAAAUGUAACAUUUAAAAACAUUUUCUGUGCAAUGUGUAAUGCAGCUUCAAGCUAUGAUCUGAUUUUUUGGGAUGCUAAAGUUGAAUGCGAGAAUGAAAAAAAGUUUUCGCUUUUACAUGUGUCUGAAAUUAUGCUGAAACUUUUGGAGGAACGUUUUUGUCAAGUUAUGUUUGUACCUUCACCUUCCACGCCAUCGAACGUUGUCAGCAUCUGUGGAGAUGUAAUAGACAGAUGCAAUGUGACAAGUACGUGGAAAAAGUACGACACUUACAUUGAAUCAGCAUGUCAUUCAUACUCAUCAACGUAUGAUAAUUUCAAAAACAUACAUUGUUUUAUAUGCAAUGGGCAUAGCAUAAAUGAUAUUAUUGAUAUAUGCCUGAUGGGAGACGAUCCGGGCGGUGACAGCUCAUUUGUAGCUCUGCUGGACUUCAAUAAUUUAGAACGUUCAUCAUCGGAAUCAAGCACUUCAAGUAUAACAACAUGUUCUUCUGGCUCACGGUAUGAUCCAUAUAAGAAGAAAUGUAGACCCCUAUCGUGCCCGACAGGAAUGCGUUUGUUAAAGGGUACAUGUUCACCAGUUUACAAGGAAAUAGAUUAUUCUCUUCGUGGUGUUAUAUUUGGACUGCGUUAUAAACUUUUACCUACACGUACGGCGAAGGAAAGCAAGACGAAUAACCUGUUAUCAAUGGGGUUGACUAUGUACGAGGAUAUAAAAUCAAAGUUACAUAUUAUGCUAACAACUAUUGGUACCCCAGAAAUUUGUUCAUUUAAUACUUACGUGAAGUUAAACACAAGUCUGGAAGAUACGAUUUUGUCAAUGCAUCGAAGUGGCGUAUCCAGUUUAUUGCCCUUUGUUUCGUACAUAGCAGUAAUUGUUGACUUCAAUCUUAAAGGCCUAAAAAAUAGUUCUGCUUCUGUAGAAGAAAUGGCUAUGUUUUUCACCACAAGUAAUUAUUACGCACAAUAUACCGUUCAAUAUUUCACAGAUGAUACUGAAAUGCCUCGAGAUUCUAGAUACUACAUCCUUAACGAGGAUUUAGUAACAAAAUUAAAUCAACUUAAUCUCGACUCUUUUCACAAUGAAAUUAUCAUUAACGGGCAAGUCGAUAGAAAUGGAUUUGGCUUUUUGUUUUUUCCAUUUACACCUUUGUCACCGGAACCAAAAUGUGGACCAGAUUUGUUAGUUCAACCAAAACCAUUCUGUCCUCGCAUCAAACUUAAUAAUGAAGAAUUUAAAAUAGAUUUAUCAAACAAGAAAGUAAGUUUUCUUGAAUAUGAAGCAUCACCAGGGAACCCAACACCUGAUAUAACAUUUUCAAAUAUUUUGUCUUCAGGUCAAAAUGGAAGUUUUUAUGCAUGUAGCGAUGAGUACUUUUCACAAUUACCAUCAGUAGAUGCUGUUUUCGGUAGCCGUUAUAACGAGCUUGUUAUAUUGACCAUAGUUUGUCUCGUAUUUUCUAUCAUAUCUCUUGUAUUUACCUUUAUUAUCUAUUGUGUACUUCCAAGAUUAAGGACAGUGCCAGGAUUGAAUAACAUGGCUCUCAUUUUUCAUCUUUUCUUCGCCCAUACUUUGGCAUUAACAAUAUCUGUAACACGCAUUAAACUUCCUUGGCUUUGUUCAACAGUUGGAAUUCUCCUACAUUAUAAUCUAUUGUCCAGUUUCUUUUGGAUGUUUAUUUCUACUUUUCACAUGAUGAAUGCUUUUGUUAAGAUAAAAGAAAAAUCUGUUUCUCAAGACAAAAUGAAAAAGUUUGGUUACCAUAUAAUCUUUACGGAAUCUCUGUCAGCUAUUUUGGUUAUUUCUUAUAUAGUAGUUACGAUCACAACAGACCAGGAUUCUGAAGGUUUUGGCUAUGGUGGUUCAAACUGUUACAUUCAAGGGCCCAAUAUGAUACUUUAUUUUGUUGCUAUUCCUCUUGGGCUUGUUAUCACGGCUAACCUGGGUAUGUUUAGUUAUGUUGUAUGGAGUGUGUCUCGAAUUCCUGACAUGGCACAUAACAGCAGUCAUGAACGCCAUAAUUUACUGAUAUUUGCAAAAUUGUCAACUUUGACCGGUAUCACAUGGCUAUUUGGAUUCUUAUAUCAGUUCACUAAUGUUCUCUUGUUUGCAUAUUUCUACAUAGUCUUUAAUGCCGGACAAGGUGUGUUCAUAAUGGCAUCCUUUGUAAAUAAACGUACAUUAGAUAUGCUUCGUUCUAAGGUUUACACAAACACAAAUGGCAAUGUUGAAAGCUCUACACAGUCAACCAAAUUAAGGACUGUAAGUAGAAAAUUUGAAAUUAGAUAA